GCACAUCGGCUAGCCGCCGCCUCCUUUCUGCCGCUCUGGUGUGUCUUUCUGACCUCCUCACUCCCCCGUCUCGUUUCGGCUCGAAUUUAUCCUCGCUUGUUUAUCAUGAUCAAUUUCGACCGAACGGCUUGCUAAUUGUCGGUGGAAUCGUUGAUUUUGCGAGCAGUUAGGUCGCUAACGCAGCUAGUUUAGCGGAGCUACUGCGGCUGUCAUGGAAGACAAAUCUUUUACGAAGGAGUUGGACCAAUGGAUCGAACAGCUAAAUGAGUGCAAACAGCUUUCGGAAAACCAAGUGAGGACACUCUGCGAGAAGGCCAAGGAGAUUCUGACCAAGGAGUCCAACGUCCAGGAGGUGCGAUGCCCGGUGACAGUGUGCGGUGACGUGCACGGUCAGUUCCAUGACCUGAUGGAGCUCUUCAAGAUCGGCGGCAAGUCCCCCGACACCAACUACCUGUUCAUGGGAGACUACGUGGACAGGGGCUACUACUCAGUGGAGACGGUCACACUGCUCGUCACGCUAAAGGUGCGUUUCCAGGAGCGGAUCACCAUCCUGCGAGGGAACCACGAGUCCCGUCAGAUCACCCAAGUGUACGGCUUCUAUGACGAAUGCCUGAGGAAGUACGGCAACGCCAACGUGUGGAAGUACUUCACAGACCUGUUUGACUACUUGCCACUCACCGCGCUGGUGGACGGACAGAUCUUCUGUCUCCACGGAGGCUUGUCGCCUUCCAUCGACACCCUGGACCACAUACGAGCUCUGGACCGCCUGCAAGAGGUCCCACAUGAGGGCCCUAUGUGUGACCUGCUGUGGUCAGACCCCGAUGACCGCGGCGGCUGGGGCAUCUCACCCCGAGGUGCGGGUUACACCUUCGGGCAGGACAUCUCCGAAACCUUCAACCACGCCAACGGCCUGACGCUGGUGUCGCGCGCCCAUCAGCUGGUUAUGGAGGGCUACAACUGGGGCCACGACAAAAACGUGGUGACCAUCUUCAGUGCGCCCAACUACUGCUACCGCUGCGGGAACCAGGCAGCCAUCAUGGAACUGGACGAUACCCUCAAGUACUCUUUCCUUCAGUUUGACCCGGCCCCCCGCCGUGGUGAACCCCAUGUGACCAGACGCACUCCCGACUACUUCCUGUGAAUGUUCGACGCCGUCCCCGUUCGUCUCCCUCUUUCUCUUUCCUCCCUCAUCACUGUACCGAGGAGAAAAGAAACGAUUGGCUGAAAAACAUUACCCAAGUUAAAGUUAGUGCGCCUCCCCAAUCCCGUUUUCAUCUCGCCCCCCCACACACUCGUGUUUCCACUCUGCUGUCGUUAACGCUGUGCUACACGUGCAACAAAGAUGUUUUCUUUUUUUCUGUUUGACAUGUUUUUAACACAUAAUAAAACUUCCAAGGUGGACCAAAUGUGCCAUAUUCUGAUCCUUCCUCCCCCUCUCAGCCCUUUUUUUUUAUUUUUUAUUUUAUUUUUUUAUCCCUGACUUAUCCGACCACAUCACCACACGUUGCCACAUUUGUGCUUUUUUUUUUUCUUUUUUUUUUCUUUUUUCCUUCCUCCGAAACAAAGAGGACCACUGAGAAAAAAAAAACGUUUGCUUCAAGUAGUCCCGCUGUGAGUAUUAGCUGCAGCGCUGUUCAUCAAGUCUGCAACUAUAUUACUGUAAUUUGAGACCACACAACUAUCAAUAAUAAAAUGUCCUGUUGACAAACUCA